GCGAAAAUGUCCACCAGGUACCACCAAGCUGCUAUUGAUGGUUAUGAAGACAUAUUAAAAGAAGCAACUAAAAAGGAUAUUAAUAAUUCAGAUGGAGAUGGCAUGACCCCCACUCUGUUAGCAGCGUAUCACGGUCAUCUGGACAUACUUGAACUGGUUUGCCACAGAGGGUAGGUAUUCUAAUAUUGGUUCAACAUGGUAAUGGGAUUAGAAAUAAUUUAACAUCUACCGUCUGAUAUUUACUGAAGAUAUAAAUGAAUUGGUAUUUUAUUCAUGCAGUAUUAAUAAAUUACAAGUUAUAAUGCAAGAUAGUGGAGAUACAACAUGUGCAGUAUGUGUAUAUAGAUAUAUAGAGAGAGAGUGGGAGAGAGAGAGGCACAGUAAGUGUAGUAACUACACAGUGUAUUUAUAUUUUACGUGUAUGACGCAAAAAUGAAGGUCCAGAAACAAAGUCCAGUUCGAGAUAUGCAGAUGAUAACAGUAUUUUUGUAUUUAUAUAUAAACCACUACUAUAUGUUAGCUCUUUACUGCAUUACAGUGAGAGGAAGGUACACUAAGCUGUGUUUAGGCACAAUUUUGAUAAGUGGUGCAUAAACAAUCCAUGCAGUUACAUUGGCCCACCAAAUUUUAUUGCAUUACAAAUAUAUAUAUAUAGAUAUAUAUUAUUUUAUUUUUAAUUUUUUAGAACUGCUCCUGAGGCAACAUACACCUUAUUAACCAGAUAAAGGCUUCAACAAUCAGAAACCAGCAUGGGUUUUAUAAAAUAAGUUGUUUGUCCCCCACCCACGGUUCUAACGUGAUAGCAGUCAUACUGCAGCAGAUGGUAUUGGUUUACACAAAACUUGAUUUGCAUUUUCCGGAAUCAGGCCAUGGGCAGGGAUCUGACGGGCGGCUUUUAGAGAACGAGAGAUAUGUCCACCCUAUUGGUGGUACAUGCAGCAUUUGGCGAUGGAUACCCCAGAAAGAUAACCAAAACAGCAAAGUAGACAUAGAGGUGCCCUCCGCAACAAGUAACAAUGGUAAGAUAAAAAUGAUAGUCAAUGGAUCAAAUGCAAAACAAGUAAUAAGAGGGGAAUAAGAAAAUACCAGGCAAACAAAAUGGACAGUAAAAGGAUUGGAAAAGCAACUAAGAGAAAAAAAAAGUUUAGAGGAGUCCAAAAACAUAAAGAGGAAAGAACGGUAAAAAAUUAACAAAAACAAAUGGAAAUAAAAAAAUUUAAAAAAUGAAAAAACAAAGAAAGCAGUAAAAGGAAUUCCAGGUCUGAACUCUGAGCUUAGAGUGGAAUUGUGUUUUCUACAUACAGUAUGUUUCUUUCCUUCACAUUAUUCAUUCUUUCCAUUCGUGGUCCCAUUUUUUUCAUUCGUCACUCCUCUCUACUUUAAAGCCAUAUCUCACUCGUGUCAAAUCCAUCCCUUGUUCAUGCAAUAACUUCACUCAAUUAACUAUAUUAUCCAUUUCUUUUUUUAAUGUCAUAUUUUCUUUGUAUCUUGCCAGCUCUCCUUCCUUUCAUUUAUUCUCAGGCUUUAUCUUUCCAUUCCCUAUCCCAUCCCUUCUUUAUUUACUCAUUGGCCAUUUACCUAGGUUCGUCCAUCAAGCACUGUGCGGACCCUUUCCAGUCUGAAUUUAUGUUGAAAUGUUUUCAACGAGUUACAAAACAUUUCUUAUAGGUUCUGGUCCAUGUUUAAACAGCAACAUACUCCUGAAAAAUAUUCGGUCACUCAUUUAUGCCCCUAAUCACCAAUUUUCCUCAUCCCAAAUUUGGUCUGUUGCAUGUGUGCCCAAAAGGUAGAUCUCCAGAUGUUGUAGAACUACAACUCCCAUGAUGCUUUGUGUGCAUUUAGAAUGACAAAGCAUCAUGGAAGCUGUAGUUUGAAAACAUCUAGGGAUCUACCUUCUGGGCACCCCUGGUCUAUUGUAUUGAGAUUGCUAAAUUUUGCCGGCCAUUGGUGUAAUCUAAAUUCAGUGCCAUGUCAAGAAGCAUGUAAUUGUAGAAAAUAAUCCAGGCACUCCAAUAGAUUCCAAAAUUAAGGCAAUUUAUUUGAACCAAGAACUACCUUAAUUUUGCCUUAAUUUUGGAAUCUACUGGAGUGCCUGGAUUAUUUUCUACAAUUAUCUACUAUUGGUCCUGACUGGGUACUGGGACUUUCCAUGAAGCACCCUGGAUUCCAUCGUGAGGGGUAGAGUGCGCUUCCAGCUCUGUCUAUUUUACAUGUCAAGAAGCAUGGGCCUAAUUUGAAUUCACUGUUUUGAAACAAAGCACAAAUUAGUUCAAGCUGUUUGAUCCGAUGUGUACUUUGUGACAUGUUGGGUUUAUCAAUUUGGAAAUAGAUAGAUUGCAUCCAAGCCUCUUGACCUCUAAAUCUACACAAAUAUAAAAAAAGAACAUUGGAUUUAUUUGAAAAAUAAAACAUGCUAUAUUUAUUGAAUAUAUCAAAAAAGCUUUUAAAAAAGAAUGCAAGUAUACGCGGAUUGCAAAUGCACUAACACGAGUGGCCUCCAGAAAGUAUUAGGGCAAAUCACAAGGAGCUGCAUAUGAAAAUAAAUCAAACACACACAUCGAGAACACACAAUGUGAAAAUGCAAUAAUUAAUUGGGAAGAGGCAUAAGAGAAAGAAAACCUUCUCUCUAUAUUAUCUGAGUUGUGCAGGGGGCUGAAAGAAAAUAAAAGAGUGGUAAAUGCUCAAAACUUCUAUUUAGAGCUGAAACAAAUGUCAUCUGUAUCAAAGUCUGUAAAAUAAUGUACUCACAAACUCUAAACCUCCACAGUAACCAAAAAUUAGAAUUCUUUGGACUAAAUGUUUGCCAGAAAGAUGUCAUCGAUCCUUGAAGGGUUAAAGGUUUAACAUCUAUAACUACUCCAGUGACAUGGCUUUUUACCUGUGGUCCGAUCCCUGGCUCCAUUACUAAUGCCAGAUAGCCAGACGUUUCUUGACAUGUGCACAGUCGUUAUUCAGCAUGUGCUAAAACCUUAAUAAAAUAACUCUGUGACACAAUUUCUGUUGGAGCAUAAAGUCCACAGCUUUAUUAAAAAUUUUAAUUCAACAAUUUAACAAUUUAGGGUCAUUGUCACAAGUAUUAAUUAUGUUCGACCUCCUUGCCCAAUACCCCCGACAAUGACCCUACCAAAUAACAUUAAUAAAACAUUCCAAUAAUACAUAACGUUUAACCCAUGGCCUAACCAUAUGUUUAACUGUAGGGGUGUACCCAGACACCCCUACACCCCCAGAUUCGUAGCCACCAACGAGCUAGAACCUACAAACCAUUUUCCACUCCGGCAUAGUCCAGCCUAGACCUUGGCCUGCCCACUUCCUAUUCCACCUAAAUCCUCUUUAACCCAGGCCCUAUUCCCGCCGCUGUGACCAAACAGGAAACUACCUUACCAAACAAGACAACCUAAAACAAAGGGAGGGUGGGAGGGACAAGUAUCAAGUAAGUGUGAUUUUGAUUAAAAAGGCCAGUUCACCACAAAGGCUGUUAUUUAAACCCUUAUUCUCCUCCCCCCCCUGUCCAUACAUUACUUUUCCACACCCCUUGACCUUAACUUCACCUGCCAACUCUCUGGCCCUGUCAAGGCCCACUCCCCCCCUGUGUUGCUCCAUGGGCUUCAAAACAGGAAGUUCCUAAACUGACAGUCUCAUACAAUGAGCUAAGCCUUGCAUUGCAGGGCUAUCUUGGGAGCGCUAACAGAAGUUCUGGUUUAAAAAUGAAACCUACAGCCUUAGUAGUGGAGUUGGGGAGUGGUUCCUGGCAGAUCCCAGGUAAAAAGUCAAGCCAUUCAGAAACGGUUUGACUCCUUACAAUGGUGGGGUGCCAGGGUCCCCCUGACACCAUGACUAUUACAGGGCACUCUAGUGGUUAUGGUGCUUGGAGUGUACAAGCUUGAUUCACAGGGCCAUGGAUGUGGGUUAUAGAUCCCUACAUCAUUUUGUAGAGGGUGGGGGAGAGGGGACAAAUCCUCGUGGCAUUAAGGCCUAUAGUGUAUUAGUUGGGUUCACCAGUGGUUGAGUGUAAUAUAAAUGUUUAAGACUGCUUAUGUAUCAAUGGUUUACUUAUGUAUGAAGCAAAGCAUUGAUACAUAAUUGCUAUUUAAUUACCUAUGCAAAAUUAAAGGUCAGCUCCAGCUGUGACUCAGGUAAGUUCCUCCCGCAGGUCAGCUUCUUGUAAGAUUGUAUAAUUGAAGUAGUUAAUACAUUUUACAUUUACCAAACGUAAAGGCUUACCUGUAUUAGUUUAGAUUUUAUUGCCAGAUCAGAAAACCAGUUUUAAUGCUGAUGUUUAGUUAAAAACAAACAUAUUUUCAGGACUAGAUUCAAUAUAUUACAACCCGGAAGGCAAUGGUUAAAGGGGCACUCUAACCAAAGCAUUGUUUGUAUAAAAUAAUUUUUCAGUAGUAUGACAUUAAACAGGGCUUUCAUCCUGAUCCUUCUGCUGUGAUCCAGCUAAUGCGUUAGUGAACCUCCAUUUUAUCUCAUCCAGCUUGGGACAUCUGAGAGUGCUGGGGCUGGCUAGCGGGCUACAUUUAUGGAUAUUGUAAUAUAGGGACUGGAUUGUGGAAGUCUGUUGUAUGUCAAUGGCUCCUGGAGGGAAGCUGAAACCCUCGGUGGAGGCAACUUUGGGGUUAAACCAUUCAAGAAUAUUUUAAACCUUUGAGGCAAGCAUGAGCCCAAAGUCCUUCAGGCACCAUCACAACUUUAUUAACAUGAAGUUGUUAUGGUGCCUGAACUGUCCCUUUAAGGCUUCAAGGAAUACAAUGGCAGCACCAUGAAAAAAAUGUUGAUUAUCAUCCCCACAAAGCUUUUAAAACACUGACAAAAAAACGCAAAAUAAAUUCACGGGGAUUACUAUAAUAUGUACAAUAAUUUUCAUUUCAGAAAUUCUGUACCUUUGUGACUAAAUGAUGAAUUGUUCCUGCUGUGUUUUUAUUGUGGAAAAUUGCAUAUUUAUAUAGAUUUAGUGACAUGUUCCUAAUCUGCUUCUGAAUUAUAGCUUGCUUUGUCUUACUAUUUGAGAUCUAACCCUUUAAUGGAUCAUUGACACCUUUGUAGCAAAGAUUUAGUGAAGUGAACGUAAUCACAUGUUACUUCAGUAACACUCUGUAUAAUGCUACCUCGCACAGCGCUGCUUUGUUACAAUGUGGUUUUUAUUACAGUAUACAGCACAGGCAUUCAGUUUUUAUUCCUAUAAAGAAAAAUGACACAUUACUGCUUAAAGGGACACUAUAGGCACCCAGACCAUUCCAUUGAGAUGAAGUGGUCUAGAUGCCAUGUCUCUCAGUUUUAAUCCUGUACCUGAGAACAUUGCCAUUAUGCAGAAUGGCAAUGUUUUCAUCGCAGGGUUUAAAUGUAUCAAGGAGCUGUCACUCUAAGAGACCAACUGAUUGAUGCACUGCAAGUUUUUGCGGCGUAUACGCACUAGUCUCCAAAUGUUUUUCUAUGGGAAAGCAUUUGAUUGGCUGAGCCAUAGAGACCGGCGCCAUGAUGGAGAAAAGGUAAGUAAAACAACUUUUUUUUUUUCCUGCAGGUGGGGGCCCGUCAUUUAAAUGGCAAACAGGGAACUAUUGGAUUAAGAAUACACAUUUGUAUUCCUAAUACGAUUGUGCUCUUUUACAUUUGCUCCUUUGAUGCCUUUUAUAAACUUCACAAAAAAAAUUAUCCAGUAAUUCAGUGCAGGCCAAUGGAAUUGUUUUCAGUUGUCUGACACAUGUUGAAGUCCCGAAUGGGAUGAUGCAUAUUCCCAGGUGAGACUUUCCACCUAUUUCACUGACUCACACUUGUAAGGCUAUCUCGAUGUAGAGCAGUGAUUAACAUGUGUUCAGGGCUGGGACCAGCCUUCUCCCAAACACAAAAGUUCCAUUACUUGGCUGUCAUGUGCUGGAACUUCUGUGAUGAGGCUAUUCGCAGUCAAAGUGCAGGGAGAAAGCCAACCAUGCAUUAAGAUGGGUAUACAGACUGACGAAACCAAGUCAAAGUGGCAAACUUAGCUUGAAUUAGCUCAAAGGGACACUCCAGACCCCUAAAGCACUUUAUCUUGCCGAAAAGCUUUUUGUGUGAAGAGUGUGUCCUCAUUUUCAAUUGAUUUGGUUAGCUGAGUGGAGCUAAACUCAAUUUUAAAAAUGCAUAAUUAAAUGUAUGCACAUUCUUAUUUGGAAUAUAUCUCCUAAACAGUGAUUUGUAUCUAUUUUGUAUUUGGGCAGGUGAGUGUCCCUUCAAGUUUCAUUGACUGACUCAUUUUUGGUGGGAUACUACUGAAAAGCGGUGGGACAAGGUGCCUGCCAGAGCCCAAAUAAGAAGAAAAAAACAUUCUUAAACAGUUUAACUACUUACAAUCAUGGGCCGGCAACCCCUGGGUUUUUCAACUUGCCUACUUGUGUGUCCAUGGUUGUCUGUAGUGAGCAUGUGUGACAGCAAGCUUUUCUGAAGUGAGCAUGUGUGUGUGUCAGUGAGAUUGUAGUGACCGUGUGUAUCAGUGAGCUUUUCUGUAGUGAACUUUGUCUGUAGUGGGCAUGUGUGUCAGUGAGCUUGUCUGUAGUAAGCAUGUGUAUGUGUGUCAGUGAGCUUGUCUGUAGUGAUCAUGUGUGUGUCAGGGAGCUUUUCUGUAGUGAGCAUGUGUUUGUUUGUCAGUGAGCUUGUGUGUGUGUCAGUGUACUUGUCUGUAGGGAGCAUGUGUGUGUCAGUGAGCUUGUAUGCAGUGAGCGUGUGUGUGUCAGUAAGCUUGUCUGUAGUAAGUUUGUGUUUGUAUACCAAUGAAUUUGUCUGUAGUAAUCUUGUGUGAGUGUCACAGUUUGUACUAAGUUUGUAUGUGUGUACGAGUAAGUCUGUUAGUGAGCCUGCUUGUGUUUUUAUAUCAAUGAGCUUAUGUGUAUCAAUGAGAUUGUUUGUAUGUGUCAGUGAGAUUGUCUGUGUGUAAUUUCUUACACUGACAAAACCAAUAUUUUGAAUUAGAAAAAUAAACAUACCAAUAUUAUAUAUACACACACUACAAUGCACAAUUACUUAUGGGACUGGCUUACAUUGUUUUCCACGGCUGCUUUGAAUCCCCAGUCCAGCCCUGCAAAACAUGGGCCGAGCAUGGAUGACGGUACAAUAAUGCCCCUCGUCCCCAGAACAAUUCCUGCGGACGCCCAUGCAUACAAUAAUGGUGUGCCAGGUCACUCAUGGCACCCUAAUCUCUACAGCUAUUUGUAAUGGUUAUGGAGCUUAAAAAUGUUGCUUUAAUGGUAAAUGUACCAUGCCAUAGACAUUCGUAUAUUGUCAUUCUGUAGAACUCUUACAAAGCACUGAUUUACAUAAAGCUACAGCUCCAUGAACACGUCCUCAGAAUUAUCCAGGAUUUUGACAUUUGUUUUAACACGAUUAAUAGUUCUGUUCUGAUCUUUAGAGCAUUUAGUGCUCAUUUAUUUAUUUCAACUGCUUUGCAUAUUGAAUAAUUGAAUGUAGAGAGUAUACGUCAUAAAUGUCUUCCCUCGUAACAUUAUUUCCACAUUGUGCUUUCUCCAUGUGUGAAUUUUCUUUAUUUUAUUAUACUGUUAUUCAUCAUUCCUCCUAAUGCUUUCUGGAGGUCACUGGUAUCACUGUAGAUGGAUGUAGAUAUGUGUGUGCCUUUUAAAAGCUUCUUUGAUUAUCUACAACAGAUAUAUAUUUUUUUUCAUAUGAAUCCAAUAUCGACUGCUUGCUAGUAUAGAUUUUUGGAAGCAUGGAGUGCUGAUCUCAGGAUCAUACUAAGCUAUCUUCUUGUGUAUGGUUCAAUCUAUUCAGAUAAUGAUGAAAGGGGUAAGCAAACCAUAGUAUGAUAAAAGAAUAGCAGUAUAGGAAGGGUGCAGGGUUCCAGCAGCACCAAGUACCAGCAAAUCCAUCGAAGUGACGGAUGAACAUACUGUGGAUCUGUAUGUCAUAAAUGUGUUCCCUCCAUGCCACCUGCAUCCAUUUUAUAACCCUUCUUCCUCAUUUUUAUUCCUCUUUUUGAUGCCAUAUUCCCCUUGUAUAAUUCAAAUGUUAAUGCAAGGUUCUCGUUUCUUUUCUGAGUUUAUGCCAUCUAUCCCCCAAAUCAUGUUAGCCCCCACCUUUAGGUCUAAGUCCCCUCCAGAGCAGGAUUAACCAUAAGGUGACCUGAGGCAGCCAACUAGGGCUCAGAUACCCUGAAUUUGCCUGGUCCUUAUUUGAAGUAUGAAGGGAGGGGGGCAAAUGUUGCCUUAAAGGACCACUCUAGGCACCCAGACCACUUCAGCUUAAUGAAGUGGUCUGGGUGCCUGGUCCAGCUAGGGUUAACCCAUUUUUUAAUAAACAUAGCAGUUUCAGAGAAACUGCUAUGUUUAUUAAUGGGUUAAGCCUUCCCCCUAAUCCUCUAGUGGCUGUCUCAUUGACAGCCACUAGAGGCGCUUGCGUGCUUCUCACUGUGAUUUUCACAGUGAGAGCACGCCAGCGUCCAUAGGAAAGCAUUGUAAAUGCUUUCCUAUGCGACCGGCUGAAUGCGCGCGCAGCUCUUGCCGCGCGUGCGCAUUCAGCCGGCGGGGCGUAACGGAGGCGGAGAGGAGGAGGAGAGCUCUCCGCCCAGCGCUGGAAAAAGGUAAGUUUUUACCCCUUUCCCCUUCCAGAGCCGGGCGGGAGGGGGUCCCUGAGGGUGGGGGCACCCUCAGGGCACUAUAGUGCCAGGAAAACGAGUAUGUUUUCCUGGCACUAUAGUGGUCCUUUAAUCUUUCUCUUCUCCCCUGACCUAUAUUCAUUCCCUCAUUCCAAACCAUCUCCUUCACCACUUGACGCCUUUUCCCGUUCUUCAUUCCCACCUUUCUUUAUGUACUCAGUGGCAUAACCUGUCCCUCUGAAUGUAUGGCUAAUUCAACACAUACAAGGCUAUAGCAUUUGUUGAUAAAGUGCAUUACCAUAUUUAAUGUAAUAGACAAAAAUGGACUUCUUAAUGCAAUAGACAAAAAUUACUGGUGACAAAUGUAGGCAUGUGUGUGAAUGAAUGUAUGUAUUUGCGUGUAGUGUUGGCAUUUGAAUGCAGAUGUAUAUUUGUAUGUACUGUUGCUAUUUGAAACCAGUGGUGUAUGUGUGUAUAUUGUUUGUGUUUGAAUGUGUUUGUAUGUACAGUUGGUGUUUAAUUUCUGGGUGCACACACUACCCCACACAUACACACUGAAACUCACACACAGACACACACAUUGACUCAUACACAAACACAUAUACACACUUAAUCAUAAACUCUGACAGACACACAGUUACUUACAGAUACACUGUCAAUGACAGACACAGACUCUCACUGAUUUGAAACACUCACUGACAGACACAUUCCCUGACAGACACACUGACAAACACUCUCAAUGGCAGACACAGAAUCUCACUGAUUUGAAGCACUCACUGACAGACACAUUCCCUGACAGACACACUGACAAAUACUCUUAAUGGCAGACACAGAAUCUCACUGAUUUUAAACACACUCCCUGACAGACAUACAGUGACAGACACACACAUACUCACUGACAGACACAUUUACACACACGCUCACUGACAGACACACACUCACUAACAGACACUGACAUACACACAUACAGUGACAGACAAAUGCACUGACAGACACGCACUUAUUUACAGACUCACUCACUAACAGACACACUUAUACACACACUCUCAAUUACAGACACACAAUCUCACUGAUUUGAAACACUCACCGACACACACUGAAAAAAACAACAACUCACUGACAGGCGCACACACACACACUCAAUAACAGACACAUAAUUUCACUAUUUUUAAACCCACUCACUGACAGACAUACACUGACAUAUACACACACACAUUCACUGACGCAUACUCUCAAUGACAAACACACACUUUCACUUAUUUCAAACAAUUAAUGACAGACACACACAUACAGGCACACUCCCAUAUUUGCACAUUCUUGCACUCACACUCACAAAUUUAUUUUAGUAAUUGUGGUUUUAUUAUUUUCAGGCCCAUCCAACCUCCCUACCUUUGGGAGAACUAGUGUAGGUCUCCCUACUGGGGUCAGUGGGGAUCACCCCCUAGGGGUCCAGUCGCUCCUGUAAUAUUCUAGUUCCUCACUGCUGUUUAGUGAUGUCAGGGCCAGAAUGAUGUCAUAUGCUGGCUCCCGGCAUCUCAGAAGUGCACAAGGGAACAGUGACGAACUGGGAGAACAUCAGCGCUCCCCCAGCGUUGAAUAUCGGCAUAGGAGGCGUCUGCAGUCCAGGUAAGCAGGUGCCUACUCUGCCUUAAUAAUUAAGCACCCAAUUUGGGAGCACCCUGAGGUGGCCAGCAGACCACCUUAAUGACUCACUGUGACAGACCAUUGGACUGCUCCUCUCUGCGCUCCCGCCCCCCACAUUUUGCACCCAGGGCAGCCACACUGUCAGCCCCCCCAUCCCUGCUUAUGCAUUCUAGUCAUGUUGUCUGGAUAGCAAAACCUAUUGGCUUGACAGCUAAACAAGAAAUUGUCAGGAAUGGGCUUUGGAAUGUCAAAUAUCAGGCCAUAAUAGCUUAGCUAAAAGAAGUCAGAAUUUUUCAAAUUCAGCUAUGUAACAUUAUCUUUCCCAUUCUUGACAAUUUACCAUUUAGUGAACAGCCUUCACACCUCCAUGCAUCUAAAGCCUCGCAUUACCAGAUUCCAUACCUUGCGACAUGCUGGGAGAAUCGAAUCAAAAAAAUGUGUUGAUUGUCGUCAUAAAUAAGUGCACAUUUACCCAGCUCAGCACCUCGAAUCAUUGUAAAAAGAAUAAUGUCCUCUUAAGUUUCGUCCCCAGUAAUUACAGUAUUUUUGCAUUGAUUUUCUCGACGUGUGCUCUAUUUUUCUACAAUUAUUGAUAAUUCCGACUAAUGCUUUCUGGAGCUCAGUGGUUAUUGUUGUUUAUGCUUGCAACCUUUUUUAUACUUUUUUUUGUGAUGUCUACAGUAAAUAUCUAUUUAUUCAUAUAAAUACAAUAUUGCAUGCUUCAUGUUUCUUAUAAUAGAUUUCUGGAGGUUCAGAAGAGCUGCUCUAAGAAUCAUGCUUAGCAUUCUUAUUGGCUGCAGAUUGAUUUAUGACUCACAUCUCUUUCAAUAUAGAUGCUCAAUUUACAUUCCGUUUAUGGUCAGCAACGAUGUAAAUAAACAUUUACAUUUUCCUGGCUAAUUUUCUAUUCCCUAGCUGGACUUAAAGGGAACCACUUCUGCCCAAAUAAAAAAAGAGUAAUAAUUACAGUUUAGUAGAUAUACCCACAAUGAAAACAUUCAUGCAUAUUAUUAUGCAUUUUUUCAUUAGAGGUAAAUCUAAAACCAGCUUGAGAUCUCUUAAAUGAAAUCUUUGCAACCCUCACCUACCUCCCCAGUUCAGAUUUUCUGUGGCUGUCCAAUCACAGACUUCCCACUUCAAUGAGAAGUCUGUGCAAGGCAGGUGCAGGGCCGGAUUAACAUAGGGGCUGAUGGAGCUGCAGCUUUUUUUUUUUUUUUUUAACACACUACUCGUAGGUUUGCCACCUGACUGGUAUUUUACCGGCACAGGCGGGAUUUGAGGCUGUUUGGCCAUGCCGGUAAUACAAAUGCAGAUAUUUUUCUCAGUAUAAACAGAGAUUACUCUACAAUACCAGCACCUAUUAGUAGGGGUUGCUAUAUGUAUGGAGAGAGGCAGGGAUAGAAAGUUACAGCAUAUUCCUGCCUCUCUCUACUCACUGAUCCGUGGCGGGAGCAGCUAUACAGCACAGAGAGUCCAGACAGCAUUUCCCAGCCUGCAGAGACAGCCUAUAGCUCAGGGAAGUGCGGGAUGGGGGAAAGGCAGCAGGGAGACAUGGGGACACUGAGACACUAGGGGACACAUGGGAACACUGAGACACUUGCAGACACUAGAAAACAUGGGGACACUGAGACACAUGCGGAAGUUGUGAGAAAUAGGGACAUUGGGAGUGUCUCAGUAUCCCCAUGUCUCCCAGCCAUUGUCCCUAGUGUCUCAGUGUCCCCUAGUCUCCAGUGUUCCCUAGUCUCCCAGUGUCUGUGUCACCAUGUCUCUCAGUGUCCCUAGUGUCUCAUUGUCCCCAUGUCUCCCCGUUUCCCCCGUGUCCCAUGUCUCCCAGUGUCCCAAUGUCUCCCAGCCAGUGUCCCUAGUGUCUCCGGGUCCCCAUGUCUCCCAGUGUCCCUAGUGUCUCAGUGCCCCAUGUCUCUGUGUCCCCAAGAGUCUGUGUCUCCAUAUCUCCCAGCCAGUGUCCCUAGUGUCUCAGUGUCCCCAUGUCUCCCAUUGUCUCCCAGCCAGUGUGUCAGUGUCCCCAUGUCUCCCAGCCAGUGUCCCUAGUGUCUCAGUGUCCCCAUGUCUCCCAGUGUCUGUGUCCCCAUGUCUCUGUGUCCCUAGUGUCUGUGUCCCCAUUUCUCCCAGUGUACCCAAAUGUCUGUGUGCCCAUGUCUCCCAGUGUCUCCUUGUCUCCCAGUGUCUCCAUGUCUGUAUCCACAAGUGCCCCCAUGUCUUCCAGUGUCCCCAUGUGGCUCAGUCUCACUGGGAGACUAGGGGACUGGGCAACAUGGGGACACUGACACUGAGACACUGGGAGACAGUGAGACACUGGAAACAAGCCAUCUAUACAGCAGAAUCAAACUGUGAGUAGUCUGUUGGUGAUUUUACAGAAGUUUCUCUUAUGUCACUCCUUGUGAUAUACAUCAUGUAAUAUCACACAUACAUAAUAAAUUAUACAAAUUAUUAAGACCGGAAUUUUUUUUUCAAGAAAUGUUGCAACCCUAACUACUCUACACAUACUCUUGCUUAAAGGAACACUAUAGAGUCAGGAACACAAUCAUGUAUUUCUGAUCAUAUUAUGUUAAAACCACCAUCUAGCCCCCCUGGCCCCCUCCUGCCUCCCUAAAUAUAGUAAAAUCUUACUUGUAUUAAAGUCUGCAGCUGUUGGCUCUGCCCCUGUCUGCCUCUGAACUGACUCUGUCUGCUGAUAUCAUCAGAAAUGGUAGUCUGAGCCAAUUACAAUGCUUCCCCAUAGGAUUGGCUAAAACUGCCAAGGAGGCAGAUCAGGGGCAGAGCCAGCACAAGUCAAACAUAGCCUUGGCCAAUCAGCAUCUCCUCGUAGAGAUGAAUUGAAUCAAUGUAUCUCUAUGAGAUAAGUUCAGUGUCUGCAUGCAGAGGAUGGAGACACUGAAUGGCAGUGCUGCACACUAGGCAGUACUGCCUCAGCAAGCACCUCUAGCAGCCAUCUAAGGAGUGGCCAGUGGAGUUAUUUUCUCUGAAAAGACAGUGUUUACUGAAAAAAGCCUGAAGUGAAUGAUUCUACUCACCAGAACAAAUUCAAUAAGCUGUAGUUGUUCUGGUGACUAUAGUGUGGAAGCUUAAGAGUUUUGUUCCCAAGAGUUUUGUUGUUAAGAGGCAUAAGAAGGUUGUAUGGGAACAAAACAUGUGUGGACUGGCUGACAAUAAAAUUAGUUAAGGUGAUGCAGACUUUGGUCUCUGUAACACAGUGGCAUGUCCCCAUGAUGCUUGGGAGGUAUGACUGUUUUAGUGUUUUUGGUUGAUAAUAUUCUGUAAUUAGGCCCAUCAUAAUUGUCAGCACCAGGCCCACUGGUCUCUUAAUCUGGCCCUGGGCAGGUGCUUUGGGCAAUUGUUGCCUGUAGAGUUUAGCUCCACUGAGCUAAACAACCAGGAAGUAACAGGACUCAUCUGAUUGACAGCGAAAGGGGUGUAACCAGGUUAAUUUAUAAAAGUGUCAAUUUCUAUUGAAAUCUACAUUUAUUUGUAAAACAAAAAAAUAGGACACACUUUUCACACAUAAAACACUUCAGUAAGUUAAAGUGCUUUAGGGGUCUGGAGUGACCCUUUUAGUAUUGUGAAGCUUUCAAGUUGGAUAUGUAGUGCAGGAGCACAUGCACUCUAAGCAGUGUUGGAUUUUGCAGAGUCACCAAAGUCAAAUAAUUGGAGUGGCAGGCAGGAGAGGGGCAGCACUGGCAGUACAGAUUGUGCAGUCUGUACCUGUAGUGGGAGUUAAGUGAGUAAGUCACAGCACAGCUGCUGGGUUGCCAUGGCAACUCUCUAGAUCAAUCAACGUGCACCAAAUAGAGUUUACUGUGGUCUGCAUCCUCCAGAUGUGCAGACCACAUGCUCCCCUACUAGACCAGCACUCUGUCGCAAACCUGCUCAAUAAUUAAAUUGUAUAUUUAAAUUCACUCAUUAUAAAUGACGACAAUAAUAAUAAAAAUAUAAUGUGUUCUAAGGUUCAAGUCACAUUACAGCCUCACACACAAUACACACAUUCCAUUCAGGCAACACCCUACCGUUUGUGUCUGUGUAUGUAGUGGGGUUGCAGUGUGUGUCUCUGUGCAUGCUGGCAAUCCAUAGUGUGUGUCUGUGUGUGAUGGAAUUUGGCUUCCUUUGUGCAGCACACUGUGUGCAAUGCAGCCAAUCAUGCCACUUACUGUUGCUGUAUCCGCAGUGGUGUGACAUCUGGCUGGAGUGCAGUGUGGACUACCUCCUAGCUCUGCUCCUCAUGUCCUCACCACUGCUUGUCCAGUCCUGACUCCUUCCCUGCUCUGGCUACCAACUCCUGUAAGGAGCUCUGUGCACCUUACUCAUGUGCUGCAGUCCCCCUGCGUGUCUGGCUAUCUGCCCCUACGACCAGGAGACCGCUUAGCCAGUCCACAGCCUUGCAUCAAAGUGUGUAACUAAAGUAACUAAAUAAUGCACACUUUAGUGAACAGCACUGUGACUUUUCCUGGCUAUUGUAGUCAAUGUGUGUUUUCUUUGCAUAUUUACUCUCAUAAAUAUGCUGACCUGUCUUAUUUUUUAACAAAAUUUACAAUAAAUUGCACAUUUUAGGAAAAUUUCCAUUUUUAUGAAGACCUAUUAAAAUGUAUAUAAUAUUUCCUGUUGUGGUUAAAUAAGGUAGCACAGCAUCGUACAGUUUACUGGGGUUCUAUACUAGCACUGUUAACUGUAGCCUACAUCCCUGUCCCUCGCACCUAUCACCACAUGUGCUCUGAGUUGGUGAAAUGGACCAAUUAAAGGCUUCUCUAUAAGAAGCAUGUGAUUGGACUGCAGGAUGCCGCAGUGACGUUGCAGGGGGAGCUGAUGUCAGUGUCAGGAGAUUCAUGAAAGUUUAGCAGGGUAUACUGCAAAUGGAGAGGGUGACCUUCUUCAUAGUGCCCAAUAGGGCAUUUUACACUGGGAAUUACCGCUCCCCUCCCUCCCCGACAAAAAAAAAAUACUAUAUAAUAUAUAACAUUUAUUAAAUAUUUUUUUUAAAUAUUUUUUUUAAAUAGUAUAAUAUAAUAAUUUCUAUGCUUAACUAGUGCAACUAAACAAAAAUAGUUCAUAAUAGAUUCACUCACCAGUUCUAAACUUCUAAAAUUUGUUUGUUUAUAUAUUUUAUAAUUUUAUUCUUUAGUUGCUAAUAUUUAUUUCUAUACACGAGAGACGCAAAGAAUGUCAGACAUGCUCACAGAUUUAACCUACAUGCUGAUCAAUAGAUGCUACUAUAUACAGAAAAUGAUACAUAAGUCAAAAUAUGUUAUGCCCCCUAUAUAUUUUUUUAUAAUUUUCAGGAAAAUAUAUUCCUGUCUUGCUUUUAUACAGAAAGAAAUCUAAAUUAAUGCAAUUCUGCUUGAGAUAGAAUAUCGUUUUCUAAUAAUGCAAAUGAACCUAAAACAUUUCAUAUCUUUUUAUAAGCUUCCAAAACGAAUGCUGAAGAACGGAGAUACAAAAUUGUCCACCUGCAGGAGUGUGACAAGGAUAAUAUAAUUUUCCUUCAGGCACUAUAUAAUGCUGCACAAAAGCAAAUAUUAUGUAGCCAUAAUUCAUUCUUAUAAAUGUCUUCAGAGACAUAAUAUGCAGUAAUCAUGAUAAGGCUGACAUGAAUUGUUUAUGGCAGAACCAUCCUACUGGUUCACUAAUAGCCAAACACAGAAAAUAUGGAUAGAGUUGAGCGGACACCUGGAUGUUCGGAUCCGGCAGGCUCGGCUGAACUUUGAAAAAAAGUCCGGGUUUGGGCUCGAACUUGACCCCGAACCCAAACCCCAUUGAAGUCAAUGGGGACCCGAACUUUUGGCCACAAAAAUGGCUCUAAAAAACCUGCAGCCUUUCAAAACGCGUCAUUAACUCGCCGAACUCCGACCCGAACAUACAGUGAUUUGUACGUGUUCGGGUCCGGGGUCCAAAAAGCGUAAUGUUCGGUACGAACCCGAACUUUUCAGUUUGGGUUCGCUCAACUCUAAAUAUGGACUUUAUAUGUCCUGCCAAAUCCCUCCCAGCAUCUGCGUCUGACAGAUUACCAGAUUAAAACCAUAUAGGAACACUGGGUUUUUGAAAUUUAAUAAGCAGAAAGUCCUACAUAUGUUUUAUUUGAAUUAUAUAAAGUGUGUUCAGGUAUUCAUUUAAGAAGACGGGUGACUACACCAGUAUUGAUAUUUAGAAAACCUCUUAAGCAGAGCUACCUAUUGGUUUUUGUACCCGGAAGAUCGCAGAUAAAUUCCAUCCAAAACACUAAAUGAUCAAAUGUUUCAAAGUUUAUUCUUUUUGUUCAUAUUCCCCCAUUCCACAGCAACAACCUUGAGCUUUAUCCAGUGAGUAUGUAACAUUCAUGUUUGAUUAGACAAUAAGACACUAAGAGGUGCUGUAAUAAAAAGUAGGAAGUAUUUUAGAAUGAAGGAAGUGGGACAGAGGGGUGUAAACUACAGAAUAUUGCAAAACAAAUAGGAAUAUAAAACCUUUACGUAAAAUAUUAAAUAAGUUAAUAUCUAGAUAUUUGGAAUUUUAGAAGAUAAACCCCAUUUUCCAACAGACAUUAUUGCCUAAUAUUACAUGAUGACAUGAAUGAUCUGUUUAGCCCAGGGGUAGGCUACCUUCAGCACUCCAGAUGUUGUGGACUACAUGUACCAUCAUGCUCUUACAGCCAUAACGCUGGCAAAGCAUCAGGUGAGAUGUAGUCCACAACAUUUGGAGUGCCAAAGGUUUUCUAUCUCUGCGGAUGGGGAGGCAGUGGGCUUAAAGCGGCACUGUCAUGCCGAAUCCUGGUUUUUUUUUUUAACCCCCUUCCGGCCUCCACUAUCUCUGACACCCUGGUCACCCCAAAUACCCCUUUAUUCCUUAUUUUCUGCCCCGAUCUUUAUUCAGGGCGCAGCCAUCUUUGUGUGGGUAGAUGAAGUCCCUGUGGGACACAUCAUCAGCCCACACUAGAUAGACUGUGAGAUUCCCAAAAUAAUUUUCCCACGCUGUGUAAAAUGACACAGAGCACUGUGAUUGGAUGGCUUGAAAUCCAUCCAAUCACAGUGCUCUGUGUCAUUUUACACAGUGUGGGAAAGUUCUUUGGAAUUUUCCCACGCUGUGUAAAAUGACAAAGAGCACUCUUAAAACAACCAAUCAGAGUGUUCUAAUCCUAACUGCAGGGUGGGGCAAGGCUUUAUAAACUUUGACCCGCCCUGCGGAGCUCAGUAUGCGGCGUGCCCUCGAAGGGUGAAGAUGGAUUAUGUUUUUUUAACGUCGGAUUUUUUAUUUUUCGUCUGGAUUUUUUUUUUUGCACUCGGUUUUUUUAUUUUAUUUUAAGUUUGACGGGUAUGAUGGCUUUUUAUUUGGCCUUUUUUGGGGCUGAAAAAUUAAGAUUUUAGAAAAAAGAAGACGUCAAAUGGUAAGUUUAAUUUUUCUUUACAGGUUAGUUAUUUUAUUCCCCUCACUAUUUUUAGGGUGAGGGGGGUAGGAAGGGGAUAGUUUGAUUUGGGUGGGGGGGUAACUAGGGGCUUGGGACCCCUAGUCACCUUGAUUGGGGGGAAUUUUCAUUUAGGGCCCCCACCCGCCGCUCAGGGGUGGGGGACAGGGGGGGAGGACAGUAGGUCCCCCCUAUCUUUAUUUAGGGCCCCCACCCACCGCUCAGGGGUGGGGGCCAGGGGGGGAGGACAGUAGGUCCCCCCUUAUUGUUUUUUUUAGGGCCCCCACCCGCCGCUCAGGGGUGGGGGCUGGGGGGAGGACAGUAGGUCCCCCCUUAUUGUUUUUAUAGGGCCCCCACCCACCGCUUAGGGGUGGGGGCCAGAGGGGAGGACAGUAGGUCCCCCCCUAUCUUUAUUUAGGGCCCCUGUGUCCUAACAUUAGGUAUAUCUGAUUUCCCCCAGGUAGUUGUGAAAACAGUAUAGUCCAGUAGGUGGCACCAGGUGUUACAGUUUAAUGUACUUCAAUUACUUUUCAAACACAAGCAGAAUGAAAACAACAUAAAUAACAACAAUAGCGAAACAUACUUUCAGAAUGUUAUUCCAAUGGAUUUUAAUUCAACUUUAUUUUAGUAUUUCCAGGAAAAUCGUAUUUACCAUUACUGUAAUACGGAAAGAAUUGGAACAUAAUUCUAGCACCGGUAAAAUUAAUUAUUGUAUGCCUUUUCUUGGGAAGUGCAAGGACAUUGAAUCCUUCAAGCUAUUUUCCAAAAAAGUGUUUAAAAAUGUUAUUUUCCGUGUCCUAUUAUGUGACACUGUUUUUGAUAGGACAAAGAUGAAUGGCACUAGAUCUAUAUAUAAAUAUUUUGUUGCGAAUAUGCAGAGUUGUUGACGUUCAAUUUCUUCUCAUAUGUUAAACCCCAAAAGAUUUCUCAUAUACUAUACCGUUCAUUUAUUAUCUGCUGAUUCAUGGCAUGUCACUCGAGAUGAAGCAAUAAUUGAAAGAAAAAAAAGCAUCCUAACACCUACAGUUUAUUAAAGUGGUUAUGGAUCAGGGAGUGUCAUGGUAGUCACCAUCACCAGAAACUGCAGACAGACCAUUGAUGUAGAAGUUUUUGGGCGUUUUUGUCAAAACACAGAUCCUCUGUAGCUAUCUUUAUGGCAACGGUAGAAGACUGCAAACUCUGGGGUGGGGUGCAGGGACGUAUUAGCCACGAGGCAAACAAAGCAUUUGCCUUGGGCGGCACUUUCCAGGGGGCGGCAAAAAAAGCCUGGCAGCUAACAAACAAUCCAGGCAGGCGGGUGGCGCUGGCGAGGGAGCACUGAUUAGUGAGGUCUCUGCUCAGCUCCCUUGCACGCCGCGGAGUGAUGCCGGGAACUGGAAUAUGACGUCAUAUUCCGGCUCCUGGCAUCACUCUGCAGCGCCCGAGGAGGAUCAGUGCUACCUCACCGCCUGCAGUCACCGGCUGGCUGCCCACUGGACCCCAGGGAAAGGGAGAACUCCCCCCCCUCCCCCCCCUUCCAGCAUUCCCAAAGGUAAGGAGGCUGGGGGAAUUGAAUUUAAAAAAACAAAAAUGUGAGUGUGUGUGUGUCUGUUAGUGAGUGUGUGUGUGUGCCAGUGAGCGAGUUUGUGUGUCUGUUAGUGAGUGUGUGUGUGUGCGUGCCAGUGAGCGAGUUUGUGUGUCUGUUAGUGAGUGUGUGUGUGUGUCUGUUAGUGAGUGUGUGUCUGUUAGUGAGUGUAUGUGUCUGUUAGUGAGUGUGUGUAUGUGUCUGUUAGUGAGUGUGUGUCUGUUAGUGAGUGUGUGUAUGUGUCUGUUAGUGAGUGUGUGUCUGUUAGUGAGUGAGUGAGUGUGUGUGUGUCUGUUAGUGAGUGUGUGUGUGUGUGUGUCUGUUAGUGAGUGUGUGUGUCUGUUAGUGAGUGUGUGUGUCUGUUAGUGAGUGAGUGUGUGUCUGUUAGUGUGGUGUGUGUGUGUCUGCUAGUGAGUGAGUGUGUGUAUCUGUUAGUAAGAGUGUAUGCGUGUCUGUUAGCUAGUGUAUGUGUGUGUGUAUUUAGAAGGCAGGGAAGGGGGGGUUGGCAGGGGAGGGGGGCGCCUUAGUUUUGUCAUGCCUAGGGCAGCACAAAACCAGGAUACACCACUGGUGGGGUGGCUAAGAGUAAUCUUCACAAACUAUCACUGUCGUUCAAGCAUGGAGAGAUUUUAAGCCUAAACGGUAUAUUAACAACCCUAGUUUUUGUCAGACUGCUUAAGAACAGUUUAAUAAUAAAAAAAAUUUUACAUUUUUGAAAAGACUUCACCAUAACCACUAUAAAGAGCUGUAUAAUAAAACUUUAAUUUCACUUUCAUUCCAAGCACCAUAAUCACUGCAGCAAAUGAAUGCCUGCUCCCCAUGUAGUUUAACCAUUUUAGAAUGGUGUGACUUCUUACCUGGGACCUGUCGGAUGCUGCUCCUUGCCUCUAUUCAGCCUUCCGGAGGGCCAAAAGCUGUCUGCCUGAGCUAAGCCUAGGGGUGCAGAGCUUAGCUCUUUGGGUGAGAGUGAUAAAUUGGCGAUCUCAGCAGACCCUGCACUAGAAGAAGCUGUCAGUUCUUCGGAGGCUACAGAGAGGUAGGGAACAGCGCCUAUCACAACCCAGAUAAAAAGUCAAAACAUUCCAAAACAGUUGGAUUACUUACCCAGUGGGUUUAUCAGGACAUUCCUGGAACCAUAACCACUAGAGCGCACCAUAGUGGCUAUGGUGCUUUAAGUGCUCCUUUCAGAUAAAAGUUUUUGCCUAUCUCAAAAAACAUUUCCAAUUUAAGUAUAGUUUUAUUAUUAAUUAUUUAUAUUCAAUAUAUUUGUCUUUCAGAGGAGAUCCAGAUAAGUGCGAUAUCUGGGGAAAUAGCCCACUACAUCAUGCCGCUAACAAUGGUCAUGCCAACUGUGUGGCAUUCCUGGUUAAUUUUGGAGCCAAUAUAUUUACCAUGGAUAACCAAUUCCGUACACCACUCGAUGUGGCUGCUUUAAAAGAACGCACAGACUGUGUUCGGAUUCUGGAUGGAGCUGCCAAUAAACAAGUAGCCUUAAACCCCAAAAAAGUUGCACGAUUGAAAGAGCAAGCUACUAAAGAUGCCGAGAGGAAGAUUAAGGAAUGUGAAAAGCUACAAGACAGACAUCAGAGUCAGAUGAACAAGAACCAUACAAAAAAAAAUACUGGAACUUUAAGUUCCAAAGGAACUUUACCAAGCUCUACUGGUGCUCGUGUCUCAACUCCAUCUACCAUGUCCACCCUAACUAAGGGAUUGAAGGACACACUGCAGCUGAAAUUAAAAAAGAAAGAUAAAAACACACUAGAUAAAGGAACAACAAGCAACAUAAUCUUUGAAAAGGAUGAAAAUAGCAGUGGCCAUCGUACUAAGGUAAUGGAUGUUUUCAAUGAAAAUGAUGAAGAUAACACGAAGAUUGGAGAUGACUCUUCAGAUACAACAGAAUCUAUUUUCAAUCGCCCUGGUCUUGGGAAUAUAGUUUUCCGGAGGAAUCUAGCUGCUGAUGCUAAUACUAACUUCAACAGUACGUCCACCUUUCAAGAUGAUUUUGGUUUCAAAGUUCAAACUGAGUUGUUUACAGACGAGGCAGAGAAUAGUAAUGACUUAGACACGGACAAUGGAUUCAACAUAACUUGGAAUGAAGAUGAGAUGGAAUUGGAUGAGGAAGGGGAGACAUCUCCUCUUCAAGUCUUUUUGGCAUCACAUGGUUUACUUGAAUUACUCGGCAUACUCAUGAGAGACAAAAUUGACUUGGAUUCACUUUUGAUGUGUUCUAACGAAGACUUGCAAAGCAUUAACAUACAGCUUGGACCAAGAAAGAAGGUUCUCAAUGCAGUAGAUAAAAGAAAGCAAGCCCUGGCUAAACCAGGAAAGAUCAGUGACACUAAACUAUAACAUUCCAAUUUGCCAUGUUCUUUAAAAUAUCCAAUAUUAUAUUCAGUAUAUUGUGGCUAGUCAAUAUUCUGGCAUAUUUUCCAACUCCAUAAAUUAAAUUUCCAGUUUUGAAGGUCCCAUGAGAAACAAAUUAUCUACCUUACAGUUAUGCCACCAUCUCUUUUUCAGAAUUCCAUGCCUCAUAUUCUUCGUCACCUCCCGUUCUUUAAACUCCAUUGUUAUGCCAUUCAAUCCUACCUAAGUUAUACCACAAAAAUAUUUUGUUCUGGAGGCAGAACAUCCCCAGAUUUUCUUCCUAACCAUAUGCUAAACCACACUUCUAUGCUAACCCAAAUUCUAAACCACACUUCCUUAUUUCAAUAUAUUCGCAUCAGUAAUUUAUUCUAUGUGUUAGUUUAUCAUAAAGCUUUGCAUAUGCAAGACCAUGUCACAGCCCAUUGUCUGGAGCUUCCUUAGAUAUUGAAACACAUAAUCUAUGCUUCAUGUCAGUGAUGCACAUGAUUACCUCUUAGCACACACAUUUUAACAAUUUGUGCGUAAGUUCCAAUCAUUGGCUUUUCCUAGCCUAGUAUAAUAUAAACGCCUCCACUCAAUUUCUCAAUUUUUUCAAUUUAAUAAGAGUGCAGAGUUAGAGGCGUAUAUGAUAUAUUGAUAUAAAUUAUUACAUUUCAUCUUUUGCCUUUUGAUUUUAAUAUGAUUUACCACCUACAGAACUAAUUCACCUUGCACAUUGUGCAUAAUCUCCAUUACGUACAUAUUAUUGAAAUGUCACUUUUGAUUGAAACCGUCAUAUGGUAAAGAUGUAACAAUUAGAUAAACACAAUCGAUUUUUAUUUUAUGAUGUGAAGAAAAGAACAUUUAGAGUAAUGACCUGCUUAUAAACAAUGUAAGAUUUUAAGUAGUCAUUCAUUCUUCAAAUUAAUGGAGACAUUUAUUUAAAGAAACAAUUAGAGCAAAAAGCUGAUAAUUAUCUAAUGGUCUACCUCAACUGCAAGAGACAUAUCGGUUUUCAUCUCUUCUAAAUUGUCAUCUAGCUGGAGAGCAUUGUCCUUUAGAAAUUGUAGAAUUACACCAUCUAAGCAACAAACAAUUACUGUUUGUAUCUGUCAGCAUAAUUGUCGCUUCUAUUUUUUGCAUGAAUAUGGUUUGAGGUUGUUAAUCUCCUAUAAACCUGGUAACUUUCACAAAUGUUACUUAUUGAACUGACAGGUACAGAGUGCAACAAAAUAAUUUUAACUAGUAUUAACCAUGAUUGUUUAUGAUAUCAAAAGUUUUGAUCUUUAAAGGGACACUAUAGGCAUGUGCUGACUCUGCCCCUGAUCUUCCUCCUUGACAGUCUUAAAGGACCACUAUAGUGCCAGGAAAACAUACUCGUUUUCCUGGCACUAUAGUGCCCUGAGGGUGUCCCCACCCUCAGGGUCCCCCUCCCGCCUGGCUCUGGGGAGAGGAAGGGGUUAAACACUUACCUUUCUCCAGCGCAGGGCGGGGAGCUGUACUCCUCCUCUCCUCCUUGCUAGCGAUGUCAUCGGCUGAAUGCGCAUGCGCGGCAGGAGCCGCGCGCGCAUUCAGCCGGUCGCAUAGGAAAGCAUUUACAAUGCUUUCCUAUGGACGCUUGCGUGCUCUCACUGUGAUUUUCACAGUGAGAAGCACGCAAGCGCCUCUAGCGGCUGUCGAUGAGACAGCCACUAGAGGCUCUGGAGGCUGGAUUAACCCUCAGAAUAAACAUAGCAGUUUCGCUGAAACUGCUAUGUUUAUAUAAAAAAAAGGGUUAAUCCUAGAGGUACCUGGCACCCAGACCACUUCAUAAAGCUGAAGUGGUCUGGGUGCCUAGAGUGGUCCUUUAAUCAGUACAAUGCUUUCCUAUGGGAAAGCAUUGUGAUUGGUAUUGAGCAACACUUCUGAUGAUGACAACCAAGCAGGCAGAUCAGGUGCAGAGACAGCAACAGACUGGAAUAAAGGUAAGAGUAUAAUAUAUUUAGGCAGGGCAAGGAGGUGUCGGGUGGCUAGAUGGUGUUUUUAGUACUAUAGGGUCAGGAAUAUAUUUUUGUGUUCCUGACCCUACAGUGUUCCUUUAAAUAUGCCAUGUCUUGCCAAUUUAGUGAUUAGCAUAACAAUUUGUCUUGACGUAAGGUCUGCACAAACAUAUUAUGAUGACCGUAAAGAAUGUAAUUGAUUCUAACAAGUUUAAAAGGAACACUCCAAGCACCAAAAUCCCUACAACAAGCAGUAGUGUUUAUGGUGCAAUUAGUCCUCUAGGGCCACCCCUAUCCCAAUUGUAAGUAGUCAAAUAUGUUAGAAUACUUUGACUUCUUACCUGGGGUUCCCUGAGAAUCACUCCAUACUUCCGAUAGAGACCCAUAAGGUCCAAAACUCUCAUUUUUGUAUUCCUAUGCUAUAGAAUUGCUUUAAACAGGCAUAGUCAUGAUUACAGAUGUCAGGAUAAUAGGCAGAGCGUGGGACUACCUACACAGCACAUGUAACAGACUUGAUGAUAUUUACAAUUAUAAAGAAAAUGGAAUUCAAAUCAAAAUAUUUCAUUAUUCUUUCCAUCCUUUUAAACAGUGUUUUACAGUAAUAGUUUGUGCUUGACUUAAAUCAACUAAAUCUACAGAGAACAGAGAUUUAUUUGUAAUCUCAAGUUACAGGAGGCAGACUCACAUACCUCCCAAGUAUUCUUUUUUAGAAAGGACAGUUCCUUUAUAGAACUCUAGUCCUCUGGUGUAUAGUUCUAAAUUACAUUUUCAAUUACAUAAAUCAGAAGGUCAUAUAAACUGCCAGUGCUCUAUAACAGACCUAGCCGUCACAACACUCUGGUAUGAGAGGAACAGAUUCAAGGUAUAAAGCCACAGGCACCCGACAAGACCCAGUUAAGUUGUCAAACCAUACUAAAAUAAGUCUAACUCUUUACCUUGGAACCAGGGCACUCCUGGUUCCACAACCACUACAGUGGGCUGUAGUUGUUAUGGUGUUUGCAGUGUUCCUUUAAGAUCAAGGUUUCCUUCUUUGGACAUACAAUCCAAUAUUUCACAUCACCAAAAUGCUCUACUUAACAUAUACAUAUAAAGUUUAUAUACAGAAAUAUAGUUAACACAAUUGUGUAAAUAUACUGGUUAUGAUAAUUACCCAGUUUAGCUCCAGAAUUAAGACAUUGAGCUAGGAAUUUAUAUUAGGUAUUGUAUUAUGUAAAAAGCAGAUGCUAUUUGACGGUUUUCAGUUUGGUUCCAGGAAAAUGCAAGAGUGAAAAUUUUCUGUCCAAACACAAGAAAAUUAAAUGAUUUGUCUAAUAUUAAUAUAUAUAUAUAUAUAUGUAUUUACAUUCAC